GUAAUGCUUUGGCGCUCUCUUUUCCAUUGAAACUUUGAAGCUCUCAGCUGCUUCAGCUUCAGCAUGGCGAACCACAUUCUUUAAUUACUACUAAAUUCACAAGUUCUGUACGUAGCAGAUCUCUCAAGCUUAGUGGAGUCAUUUUUCUUUUGUGAAAAAAAGUUUAGCUGAGAGGAGGCUACUAAUCUCAUACCAAGACCAGGGCAAGCUGCAGACUUAUAGAUCGUCUACUAAAGAAGAUUGCUGACAGCGAGACUCGAACCUAAGCAACGUCAAUCCCGUUGGCUAGUGGAGUCAUUUUUCUAGGUUGGCCAUUUUUGCCUCCAUUAAUGCCCUUGUCUUCAUUUUGGUGAGCUGAGACUGUAGUUAUACCUUGAGCUUAUGCAGUUUGGAGGGGUUCGAGAUCAGUGAAAUUUAAAGAGGAAAGCUCUUGUCCCUAAUGAAGGUUGGUAACAAAUGAAGCUCCAAACCAAAGUUGUUAUUGCUUGUCUCCUCAGCUUGUUCUGGAUUCAGCAAAGCCAUUGUGAUGAACUUUCUGAUACUUCUGGAGUAAACAAAUGGACAUGUAAAUGUUCUUCUACAUAUCAAGGAAACCAGAGCUCUGCUCUUAAAUCCAACUGUUCCACUUCCUGUGAUUGCCUUCCAGAUGCUGGAGGAAGUGGGGGCACAUGGACGUGUACCUGUGCUGCUGACGGUUUCCCUAAAGUAGCUUCUAACAAUGUUGAUACAAAUUGUUUUACAGCCUGCAACUGCACUUCUGGAUCUCUCAGCACGGCGCAAGUCUCAAAAAAGCACAUUUCAAGCAAAGUUGUUGUUAUUGUUCUACUACUAUGUGUCAUACUCACAACUUUUGCUUUUCUUUCCUCUGCUAUGUGCUAUUUCUAUCGAAGGGACAAGUGCCAUCUUCAACCACCAACUCUCUUAUUUGAUAAAGAAACAAGUUACAAUAGUGCUACCAACUUAAUAGGUCGUACAACUUCUUCCGCUGUAGAAACCCAUGUUACUAUUGAUUCCCGCAUAUAUCCUUCCGCAGGGUGCUUUCGGAAGGCUUCUUCUUUAUUUAGAAACCAAAGGGGGAAUAUACAUGGAACAAUUGUCCGGUUUUCAUACUCUCAAUUGGAAAGUGCAACCGAAAAGUUCUCAAACUCUAACCUUAUAGGAGUUGGAGGAAGCAGCUCUGUUUAUCGUGGUCAGCUCAAAAACGGAAGAACUGUUGCAAUUAAGCGACUAAUAACUCAGGGUGGACCAGAUGCAGACUCUCUAUUUUUAACAGAGAUUGAACUGUUAUCCAGACUUCACCAUUGUCAUGUGGUGCCUUUGCUUGGCUACUGCUCAGAAUUUCUAGGAAAAGAUGCUGAGAGGCUACUGGUAUUUGAGUACAUGCCUAAUGGUACUUUAAGAGAGAACUUGGAUGGUUACUUAGGGAAAAACAUUGAUUGGGCUACUCGAGUUACAAUUGCAAUUGGUUCUGCAAAGGGCUUGGAAUAUCUUCAUGAAGCAGCUGCUCCAAGGAUUCUGCAUAGUGAUGUCAAAUCAACAAACAUUCUUCUGGAUGAUAAUUGGAGGGCUAAAAUAACUGAUCUUGGCAUGGCUAAAAGCUUAAGAGUGGAUGGUCCACCCAGCUGUUCCAGUUCUCCAGCAAAAAUGCAGGGGACUUUUGGUUAUUUUGCACCUGAGUAUGCAAUUGUUGGAAAGGCCUCUCUCAAAUCAGAUGUUUUCAGCUUUGGGGUAGUUCUUCUUGAGCUUAUUAGUGGCCGGCAGCCCAUCUAUAAAUUGGCAAGCAAAGCAGAAGAAAGCCUUGUCAUAUGGGCUACCCCUCGUUUACAAGACAGUAGGCGAGUAAUUACAGAGUUGCCUGAUCCACGUUUAAACGGGAAUUUCCCAGAAGAAGAGAUGCAGAUAAUGGCUUACCUAGCAAAGGAGUGCCUGUUACUGGAUCCUGAUGAUCGACCAACCAUGAGUGAGGUUGUUCAAAUCUUAUCAACUAUUGCACCUGAGAAAUCUAGAAGGAGAAAUCUUCCUGUAAAUUUUUAUCAGACCCAUGGGAUCAAAAGUGAAUUGUACAUUCAGAGACCUAACAACCAAGUAGAGGGUAGUGAUGCAGAGUCUCAGAUGCCUGCCCCAGCCAGUAAACGGUCAAAUCGCUGUUCACUACAACUGUCAGGCCCUAUUGAUACAGAGGAGAUAAGGCCAGCCUCAUCGAGUAAAGAAUCAACUGAGAGUUCACUGCCAGUAGAUAUUGACAGAAUGCUGCGUGUUGGAAUCAACAGAGAAGCAGACACUGUUUCCACCAAUUUUAUAGAGAAGUUGAUCCUCUUGACUUCCAAUAGUAGGAGUUGGCAUGCCUCAGAUGAUGAACCAGUGGACUUAACUGAGCCACGGCUUGAAUCAUUCCGCGUGGCCAAUAAGACCCUUUGACAAAAACUACCUGACAUGUGCAGAGGGCUUAAGUCAAAGAGGGAAGAAAAAAAAAAAAAAAAUAUAUAUAUAUAUAUAUUUCCUGGUAACAUAUGGUUUGUGGUGGUACAAGUUUGUUAAAGCAUUUUCUUGGUUGAAGAUUGCUCAGAGGAUUUCAUAUAGGAAGCAAGCAGAUUUUUAGUUAGUUUUUUCCCCCUUUAAAGAAGAAGAGCAAAUUAUAGGCUAUCUUGUUAGAUGAUCAUAUAAGUUUCUCUGUUGUAUUUUAUGUAUUUUAAUUGUUUAUGUACAGAUGGAAUAUAGAAAAUUCAAAUGGUAUGUUUGGAGAUGGAUCAGAUGUGAUAUGUGCUUGAGACAUGCAUGUUGUAUAUUGAGUUUGGCAGGUUUGGCCAAAGGUCAUGUUAGAGAGGCAAGGAUCAGAUAAUCAUACGUCAGACAUAAGACAUGCUGAGCACAGACAUAAAUUAUUUUUGUAAUUGUAACUAAGUCAUGUUCCCUGAAGGACCCAAGUAGUAGGAGGUUUUCUUUAGUUGAUUUCAGCUUCGGCCUAACUAAUUUUGAGGGUAAAAAAAUUUGGGGGAUAUUAGUCUUGAACUACAAUUAUCAUCUAAUUUUUUGUGUCAAAGGGAAAUAUGUAGUCAUGUACAGCAGGAGAAUAGAACAAUGCCAAAUUGUGAGUUGUUAGCAGCAGGGGAAUAGAACAAUGCCAAAUUGUGAGUUGUUAGCAGCCUCGUUAUAGGUAUAACUAAAUAAGUUUUUGUUGAGAAGAUAUAACUAAAUAAGUUGGUUCCAUUCGUCAAAAUGAAUAUAAAGAUUAAAGUAAAUGUUAUGUGCCAUCCGUUGCACCAAUUCUCUUCAACCUAUGUACGAGUUUAUAGCUUGGACCAACCGAUCACCAUGUGUUGGGGAAUUUUAAAUCAAGCUCACCAAUGAGAUCCAAUGGUGCGACAAGAUUCAGCCAUGUACUUUUAUCUUAGAGGUCUUAGCGAAUUCCAUAUGUUUCGCUGUGUAUGUUUGGGGUAAGUCUAAGUGGUUAAACUAGUUGUCAAUAUGCACUUAUUACACUCUUGACUUAGUUCAUGCGGUAGUUGGAGUCUAAUAAAAAUUUGGAGUACGCGUUUGAAUGGUAGAUAGAGGGUAUAACUUGAGGCAAGGAUGGUUUCAUAUAUUUUGAAAUACAUAGCAUCUACCUUCACGGGAAAGAGGGUCCCAUCUACUGCCAAAUAGUUGUAUUUUCAGCAAUGGAUCCACCUCCACCACCAUCGACACCACUGCUUGGCCCAGCUCCACCUGGUGGAGGAUUCUUAGGCUGCUGUGUAUGGUUUCUGUGCUGCUGUGGUUUGUUUAGAAGCUGCUUUCCUCCACUCUUUGAGUCUGGGCCUCCCCCUCCCUAGUAGUGGUGCAUUACUUUUGUACCUAAUUUUCUAAGAGAUGUAUUGUUUGUGUAUUUUGCGGGAAAUAGUAACCAAUGUCUAGUUGGCUUCUGAUUUAGUCAUUAAAUUGUACUAGUGUAACCUUAAAUUUUGUGGCAAUGAUGCCUUUUUAUCCUCUUA